GCCUAAAUGCAUGCGAUUUUGUUGCAUGCCAUAAUACGUGUUUGUGAACGGUUGUAACAGUAUUAGUGUAGGCAUAAGAUAGGAUAGGAUUAAGAAAUAGUGUAAAUAUAGAUAGAACCCAAAACGCAUUCGACCAGAGCAGACGUCCCCCCUUGAACAGCACAACGAACCAUCCGAACAUUUGGUCCUUCGAACCGGAUAGUUCCUGUUAGUUACCGUUCCUAUUGUUGUUUAAGUUACGUUGGUUUUGUGCAAAGUUAUAGUGUUUAUCGUCCUGGUGUUGUUGUGAACAAUUUGCGCUUGCGCUCGUAAGAACUUUGUGUCAGUUGUAACCAGCGAAGGUGUAAGGACGGAGAACGACAGUGUUUUUAUUUGUUUUCAAGGGGAAUUUGUGAUUUGUUUAAGUUUCACAUAGUAAUUUGUUCGAAUGCAGAUAAGUAAUUGCACGCGGACUUAACUAAGCGUGGGUUCAGGGUGUUGACCUUUCGAUUUGUCGGUGAACUAGUGAACUAUCAAGGACGGACAUUGCACAAGGUUUAGUGUGUUUACAGCAGUGGUAUUAGUGUAGUGUUUCGUACGCUGGAAGGAAAGUUCAUCGAUGAACAGUUCGGUGCCGUAGCAAGUUCUUCGAUAAGGAUAGAAGCAGCCAUUGCAACUAACCCACGGUGAUUAGGCAGGAACGGCGGUAGUGGCAAUUUUUGAAGCUUUAUCCGUGAAGUGUGGAACAAGCUUGCUUGCAGAGAUUGAUGUUGUGCCGAUAGCAAGGUUCAAAUUACAGAAUUCAGUGUGUGGUCAACACGUGGCUUGAUAGUGGUAUUAGUGCGAAAGAACUAAGUACGUUAACCUUACAACGCAACGCGUCAGAGUGAACAGCUUUGAGAGUACGACAGGGUUCAUCAGUGAAGGUGAAGUGUUCAUCGAGAAUCGUUUACAGUGUCGGUCGUAAUAAUACGUGUGGAUUUCGCGUUCAUUUCGUAAUCCUUUUUUGUUAUCGCGAAGGAAGUGAAAAAUAUUUAAAAUGCCUGCAGGGGACAAGCAACAGAAACAAUUACAGCAGCUGCAGCGCUUAUAUCGCGAUAGUUUGCGUAGCAUUGACAUUUACGAAGAGUUUGUGAACAAUUACGAUCCAGUCAGAGAUAGUGACCAGGUCCCAGUGCAAUUAGAACAGUUAGAGGAAGUGAAAAAUGCAUUUACAGAUGCUCGAGCACAGUUACUCAUCGAAGAGUCAAGCGUCGAAGACGAAAUGUGGAAUGAUCAAAGGACAUUCAUGACAAAAUAUAUGAAGGUGAAGGGUUUUUUGUGCGCACAACAACGAGUAGAUGCAACAAAUCUUGUGGCUAGCAGUACGUUUCAAACAUCAGUGACGCAUACACCAUUACGACUUCCCGAAAUCAAUCUGCCUUCAUUCGACGGCGAUGCAACGAAAUGGCUCACUUUUAAAGAUCGUUUUACCUCUAUGGUUCAUGAAGUGAUAGAACUCCCAGAUGUAACAAAACUGCAGUAUCUGUUGACGGCGUUGAAGGGAAGUGCAGCAACACCAUACGAUCAUACGCAGUUAGUAGCAGAAAACUACGAGUCAACAUGGAAAUCAUUGCUACAGCGUUUUGAUGAUUCUAAGAGAAUAAAACGAGAAUAUUUCAAGGCACUUUACCAACUGGAGUCUAUGAACGGGUCAAGCGCUGAGGAGUUGGCACGUCUUGUAAAUGAGACCAGGCGGCUGGUACGAGGGAUGGAGAGGUUGAAUGAGCCGGUAAAUCAAUGGGACACUCCGCUUACAAGUUUGAUUCUCUACAAGCUAGAUUCUGCUUCUUUGAUGGCCUGGGAACAAUAUUCUGCCGAUCAUGAGGCAGACACGUAUAAACGUAUGAUUGAGUUCUGCGAGAAACGAGUGAAAAUACUAAGUAGCUGCACCACACACACAACGAACGCUGUAGACACAAGGCCGGCAAGGGUGGUCGGCAGUUCAUCACCACGUAGUUAUGCAGCAGCGCGUCAGAAGAAAGAAAGUGCGACCUUUUUAGCAUGUGCAGCACAAACUCCCAAGGCAGCCUCUAAUACCUGUCCGGUCUGCAAGGCUGAUCAUAAUGUGGCGAAGUGCACCUCAUUCAGAAGCAUGGACUUGUCCCAAAGGCAGACGGUUGCGAAGGAAGCUAGGUUAUGCUUCAGCUGCUUAAGAAGAGGACAUUCUAUACGAUUUUGCAGAAUGCAUGGCAGAUGUUUAAACUGCAAUGGAAGGCAUAACACUUUAUUGUGUAUCAAGCAGGGAGAGUUUCCAGUAUCAACAAGCUCAGAGACAUCAGCGCUGCCAAUUAGUGCGACACUUCAGGACAAGGUAGAGAAGCCACAAAAAACCGUCUGGUUGUCAACAGCUCUUAUUUUGGUAGAAGGGGUUAAUGGUUCUACGAUUCCUGCACGAGCCCUCCUGGACAUGGGAGCCCAGUCUAACUUUAUGUCCGAAGGAUUGGUUCAGCAGCUAAAACUAAAGAAGGAACGAGUUCACAAGCCGCUGUCAGGAGUGGGAACCGUUGCAUUGACCGCGAACAAUUUGGUUUCGACAACUGUCAAAUCUAGAACAACCACAUUUGUUAAGAGGCUGGAGUUUUUAGUACUGGCAAGGGUAACAGCUAACUUCCCAUCGAGAUACGUGAAAGUCGAAGGCUGGAAUGUUCCAUCAGGAUUGGAAUUGGCAGAUCCAUCAUUCUACCAGCCUGGAUCAAUAGAUCUUUUAUUGGGGGCGGAAGUGUUUGCCGAUAUGUUGAAGCAAGGUCAGAUCAAACUCGCGCCCCACUUACCCAAGCUACUCGAAACUCAUCUUGGAUGGAUAGUUAGUGGCACUGUGUUUGAGCAUCCUAAAGGAAGUAUUGAUGAAGCCCAUAUUGCGUGCUGUGCUGUUGAAGACGAUAGUUUUGAUACGGCAAUGAAGCGGUUGGUGAUGCUGGAAGACCUUCCAACAGAAAGAAUUCGCUCAAAGGAAGAGGAACAAUGCGAGCGCAGCUACCAAGAAACAACAUACCAGAACGAGGAAGGCAGAUACGUGGUUCAGCUGCUCAAACGGUUCGAUUGGAAGACACUUGGAGAAUCCAAAGAAACUGCACUGAAAAGGUUCAUGGCUAUGGAAAGGCGAAGAAAAUCGGACUGCAGGCUCGACGACGCUUACAAAGCCUUUAUGAAAGAGUACCUUGAUCUUAAACACAUGUCAUAUUUGGGUACGUAUGCAGAAAUCGAUACAAAUAACUUAAGACCUUCUUUCUUUCUUCCACAUCAUGCGGUUUGGAAAACGGACAGCACCACCACUAAAUGCAGAGUUGUAUUCGACGCAUCAUGUAAAACAACUUCUGGUCGGUCCCUGAAUGAUGUGCUAUUAACCGGUCCGCAACUACAAGACGACGUUGUAUCGAUACAGCUGCGAUUUCGGAUGAAACUAGUAGCUGUAGUGGCAGAUGUGGAAAAAAUGUAUCGUCAGAUACUCGUGAAGGACUGCGAUAAGGCAUUGCAACGAAUUUUGUGGCGCAGCGAUGCUAAUGAGCCGAUAGCAGUGUACGAGUUGAACACGGUCACAUACGGCACGGCCUGUGCUCCGUUCUUAGCCAUCCGAACCCUGCAGCGAAUCUUUGAUGAUCAUGGCACCAAGUUUCCGAAGGCAAUGGCAUGCAAGGCAGAUUUUUACGUCGAUGAUUUGCUGUCCGGUGCAACGACAACACGUGAUGCACAAGAAAUGGCCGGGCAGUUAAAUAAGUUACUUUCGUGCGGAGGAUUCAGUUUAAGAAAGUGGGCAUCCAAUUGCCCAGAAGCGCUGAAAGAUAUUCCGGAAGAUCAAAGAGCAACCAACCCACAGCAUGAAUUGGCAGCCGAGACCAGCUCUAUUUCGACGCUUGGAUUAUUGUGGACACCUGAAUCGGAUAUUUUACAAGUCCAGGUUAAGCUACCGAUACAGGAGAGCAAAUGCACGAAACGACAGGUGCUAGCAUGUAUUGCACGUAUCUACGAUCCACUCGGCUUCAUAGAUCCGGUUAAGAUGAAGGCCAAGCUUUUUAUGCAGCAAAUUUGGAUGUUGAAGGGAACAGAUAAGCGCGCUUGGCCAUGGGAUGAAGAACUCCCGGAACAGUUGGCUCGAGAUUGGAUGUCAUUUUUUAUGCAGCUACAUCUCUUGGAAAAGGUACGCAUUCCACGGGUAGUUAUUCAGAGUGAUACGUUAUCGAUGCAGUAUCACCUGUUCUGCGAUGCAUCAGAGAAAGGCUACGGUGCGUGCUGCUACGUUCGAAGUGUCUCGACCAGAGGAGAGGUGUUAGUUCGACUGAUGAUUUCAAAAUCCAAGGUGACACCGUUAUUUCAGAGGAUGACCAUUGCACGUUUGGAGCUCUGUGGCGCGUUACUGGCAAGCAGAUUGUACGAGCAAGUAAAACAGGCAAUUGGCCGCGAUGAGCCUACAUUCCUGUGGACCGAUUCGAUGACCACUUGGCAUUGGAUUCAUUCCCCUCCAAGUCGGUGGAAGACAUUUGUUGCGAAUCGGGUUUCGAAGAUUCAAAACCUUACGGAAGGAGCCAGCUGGAGACAUGUGCCUGGAGUGGUGAAUCCAGCCGAUGUGGUGUCUAGAGGCUGCGAUCCUGCAACGUUUAUGGAGUCAACAUCAUGGUGGUCGGGGCCAGAAUGGUUGGCAUCGACAGAAGAAAAUUGGCCAACAGUACCGGAGUCUAAGACUCUGGAGACGGGUGAAGAACGUUCCAACGAGUUAAUACUUUCUUCACUGGAUGAAGAAGGAUUUAUUGACCAUUUGUUCACCCGUUACGGAUCAUACUCAAAACUUCGCAUGGUAGUUGGGUACUGUUUGCGGUUUAUACAUGCUUUGCGAAUGAGAGUAAGCAGCUCAAAGGUCCAGCCUAAGUUUGGUGAGGGCCUUUCAACGGCAGAACGGCAGCAGGCAGAAUGGGUAUUGUGUCGAUUGGCUCAACGUAACUCGUUUAAUAGAGAAUGGAAGGAUUUAAACGCCAAGAAACCAGUUCAUCGAGCGUCACAUCUUCGAGGGUACCAACCAUUCAUCGACAGCAAUGGUUUAAUUCGGAUAAACGGCAGAUUGCAACAUGCAUCUCUAUCACCUGAUGCCAAACAGCCCAUAGUGAUACCGAAAAAACACCCGUUGGCAAUCCUGUUAGCUGAGUACUACCACCGGAAAAACCUGCAUGCUGGUCCACAGAUGAUGCUUACCAGAAUAAGGCAACGAUUUUGGCUGUUGGAUGGACGAUCGGUGGUGAGAAAGAUCCAGAAGUACUCACCCCUGGACACUUCCUAACUGGCUCGCACCUCCAGCAUGUCGUAGAGGUUGAUUUGAAGGAUGUACCAGAAAACCGUGUGAACCAUUGGCGCCUCGUUCAAAAACGACUACAACACUUCUGGGAAAGGUGGCGUUUAGAAUAUAUGCAACAAUUGAAUGGGAAACACAAAUGGGAUUGCAUUGCGACAAAAAUUGUGCCAGGAACAGUAGUAUUGUUAAGAGAGGAUAAUGUAGCACCUAUGAAAUGGCCAUUGGCGAUAAUAACAGAGGUUUACCCUGGUAGUGACGGCAUAGUAAGAGUGGUAAAAGUACGUACGGCUCAAGGCAAUGAGAUUAAAAGACCAACUGUGAGAAUCUGUAUUAUACCGAAUCAAGAACGACAAAUGGCACACGAUGGAAGUUAGAUUAAAGUUUGUACAUAGCAUGUUCUAAGGUUAGGAAUAAACGCAUGAAGCUAGCAAUUAUUUCACGAAAAGGAUUACAAGCAUGCGAGGUAAAAUUAAUGAAUUUUAGGUGGUCGGCAUGUUUACGCCUAAAUGCAUGCGAUUUUGUUGCAUGCCAUAAUACGUGUUUGUGAACGGUUGUAACAGUAUUAGUGUAGGCAUAAGAUAGGAUAGGAUUAAGAAAUAUUGUAAAUAUAGAUAGAACCCAAAACGCA